UUAUUACGACGUAUCAUUUUAUCAGCGGAAGUAAUAAUAAUUUCUUCUUUCUGUUUGCAGUUUCAACCACCAAUUGACCCACGACCACGCUUGUCAACAACGCAGCAACAGCAAAUUUUAAAUGAUGUUCAACAGCAUCAACGUCGUUUUAAUUUCGCCAAAUAUCGAGUGGAUCCACUGAAACAGCAAUUCCAGCCGCCGCAACAACAGCAACAGCCACAGCCACAGCCUCAACAGUCAGACCGUCCAUUUUUCCAAACUGCACAAUCGCAGUACCAGUUUCCGCGACAGAACUUUGCUCCAACGGGACUGAAUCCGUUCAGCGCCUUUCAAACAGACUUGCCAAUAAUCAACUUUCGUAAUUCACCAGACGAAUUGAACUUUUUCAAUGAUCCAACAGCUACUUUGCAGCUUCAAAGCUACUACGAAAAGCAACGAGAACUAGAACUCUUGAGAAAACAAAGAGAGCAGUUGAUUUUGGAACAGCAGGAGCUGAGACGGCAGCAAGAAUUAUUGAGACUUCAACAAUUAAGAGCUUUGACCUCAACUACACCCAAGCCUACAACAACAACUACUACGACCACAACUCAGCAGCCUAUUACACAAUCUCCUGCACUGUUGGCUUCGCCCUCCUCCCGCAGAAUCACUCCAGCAGAAUCAGAAAUAUUCCUAAAAGCAAUUGCGAAUCAUCAGAGAAAAUUCACAACAACGGCUAAGCCAGUUACACCAAAACCAGAAGUUACGACUCAUCGAUCACGACAAGAGCGUGUUCAAGAAGAUCAAUUCACCCAAGAUAUUCCCAAAGAACUUUUGUCCCUGAUCCAAGCUCAAAAUCCCCAGCUUUUAGGUGGUGGUAAAAACAAACCGCAAAUUAAAAUUAUUUAUCAAACGGAGAAACCGGCAACCCAGAGGGCAACGUUGAAAACAAAGAGUUUAGAAAAGGAUUUACUGUUGAAGCAAUUGAAGCUUGCGCUUGCGGAAAAUGCUGAGGCUGAAAUUGAGAAAAAUGUUACAACACGUGACUUGGUUCUGCCAAACGGGAAGAAACUCCAAGUUAUUCAAGCACCGAACGGGUUGUCUUCAAUUAUUCCUAAUGAAGGUUCCAGUCAGUUUCAAACAGUGACCCAAGCUUUGGAUACCAAAACUGCUUCGACUACGAGUGCUCCGUCGACUGUUAAAUUUGCAAGCACUAGUCUGGAAGAACUAGCCAAGGGAGUGUUACCUCCUGGCGCGGACUUUGAAGUGCUCAAGCACAAAGAUGAUGGUAAAUUGGAAGAAGUUGGCAAAGUACCAAUUCAGAAUUCUGAAAAGAAGGUGACUUUUGUGGUUCUUGAGGAACAAUCUGACGGUAGUUACAAAGUACAAGGUGUGAAGGGAAACAAUGGAAAGGACAAUAGUUCUGAUGUACAAACAAUUGUAGAGAGGAUAAAAAAUGGCGAAUUAAAACUACCUCCUAGCUCCAGAAGUCCUAUUUCAGAUGAUAAAACACCUAUUACGACAGUAACUAAGCCAACUACUACAACUACGACUACUACUACUACAACUACUCCUUCUACAACUACAACUACUGUAGAACCAACGACCUACAAGCCAUCAACAACUGUUGAACCAACUACUGUUAAGCCAACAACAAUUAGACCCACGACUAUCAGGCCUACCAUUAAUAUUAGGACAACGACUAUUAAGUAUACAGAUGCAGAAAUACCAAAUGUAACAAAAUAUCAUAAUAAUGAGCUAACAAGAGAUUAUUCACCUUACGCGGCAGUAACCUCAAACUCUGUAAUUUCAACUGAUAACUACGUAACAUCAGCUUCAACACCAUCUGCUAAUAUUUAUAACUCAAUCUCGAGUUUCAUUCCGUCGAGUCAAAGACCUACAACUGCCGCAAAUUAUAGGAUUGGAUCAUCACCGAUAGUUAUUGCACAGAAAAAUCAUUUCAUUCCUACCAUGGCGCCAGUUAACGAAAUCAUAACAACGCCUUCAUCAACGUUUUUACCCCACUCCUCGUCUUAUGUUCAUUUCUCAACGAAUCUAGGGAAUCCCGCUACUACAGCGACACCUAGGUCAGUUACUAGUACCAUUGGAUCGAUUAAUAAUGUUGCGUCAGAGAAUUUGAUUAUUGACGAUUUUCACCAAGGAAGAAAUACCAUCAACUUUGAUAAUACCAUCAAUCAAUUUAAUAGCGGAGAAACGAUUGCCAAUCUUUUGAAGAGAGAAGGCUUGUUUGCGAUGGCUAAAUAUCUUCGGCAAUCAGGAUUAGAUAAAGUACUCAAUGACACUGGUCCUUUCACAAUUUUCAUCCCAACGGACAAAGCUUUCCGCGCGCUUUUAGUGCAGUUGGGUGGACCUGAAAAAGCCGAACAGAAAUUCAAAGAGAACCCUCGUCUUUUAAGUGGGCUUCUCCUUCAUCACGUUAUCCCAGGUGAUUUUAAAACAGAAUCCUUGCAAGAAGAAAUGACCGGUGUCAGUUUAGCAGGAACUCAAUUACGAGUUAAUGUUUACGACAUGCAUGAUCACGAAUGGAAUGACGUUAAGGUAACGACAAUAAAUGGCGCUAGAAUAGCUCCAAAUAAACGUGAUAUUGAAAUACCUCAAGGAAUUGCCCACGCAGUCGAUCGAGUUAUGUUCCCGCUUCCUGUUGGUGAUUUAUUGCAGACACUGGCUGCAGAUCGGGAACAAAGAUUUGGAAUUUUCUUGAGAAUUCUCCAAGCAGCCGGUUUUGAAGAUAUUCUUACAGGAACAAAAACGUAUACAAUUUUUGCUCCAACUGAUGCGGCAUUUGCGGCAACAGCAGCACAAACUGGGCAACCAGUUUGGAGUGAAACUGAUGGACCGGAAGCUGCUAAAACAAUAGCGUCAAAACAUAUCAUGCCUACUACUCUUUACUCAGCUGGCAUGAGGUAUUAUCAUCAGAAAGACACGCUUCGUCCACAAUUCACGCUCCGAAUCCAGAAGAAUGGAGGGUAUACUAUAUAA